CGCCCGAUGCAAAGGGAAGGCCGCUAUCCAUCCAUCCAUCCACAUAUAAUGGCGCGAUCCAGUUGCUGUUUGCGUUUUCGAAGUACUUGUACGAGUUGCUUGUGACAGCGAAAUAUUGUGAAUUAUGUUCAACGCGGUAUGAUUACGUUAUGACGAACGCGCCUGCGAAGCAUUGUUGGAGUUCCAUCUGCAAGAACACUCAAGAUCGAAAUCCUGGUCUGAUGUUCUUUCAGUUUCCAUCGGACCGAGCCCUAUUGAAGCAAUGGUGUAUCAACAGUGGGCGCGAAGAUCUUGUCGACCAUGACAGGCGGUACUUCCAGAAAUCUGAGGCAGUGCUAUGCGAAGAACAUUUCCUUGAUUCACAGUUUGUGCCCGCUGAGGCUCGUCAGUUUAACAGGCAUGCCAAACAACUGCUUUGGAACGCUAUCCCGACACAGUUCCGGAUUCCUUUUCCGGAUGGUCUGUUGAAGAAUGUGCUUCACAGACCCACUUCGAAGAGGAGGAGACGACCAUGCAACGCAUUCCACUCAACACAUUUUCACCUAGCAGUCAAACGAAGACUUAUAUUGGUUGUACAGAUUACUGAAUCAACUGUUUUCCCAGCCCCAUCCCCUGCAUGUUUUCAACAAUGCGUGAGCACAGACGAGGAUGAGAUGGCUCAAGCUGUCAGUGUGGAAAACUACGAAAUGUCGGCCAUCCACACUUUCCCUAGGGAGCGUCUCGUCAGUAUUGCCAAGAAGCAAUGGCAAGAAAUCAAGAGGCUCAGGGUUCAGGUGAAGGCCCUUGAGCGCACUUUAGCAGAUGGAAUCACAGCAGACGGGUCCUAUCUCCUCGAUGUCCUCUCACGGAACCUAGAAGGCCCCUUGCUUGAUCGCGUCGUUGACAUCAUUGUUGGAGACACAGAUGAUAGAGAUGAUGAUUAUGACGACGAUGCAAAUGUUCAAGAAGAUUGAGCUGCGAGUGAAUGAUACAAUGCAACUGAGCUAAAUGGUGAUAACUUUCCCUUUAAAUUUGCCGCCAGCAAUGAGAAGGGUGCCCAGACUGUCGGCUGCUCCCAACGUGAGGCCACUUUCUUCAAUAUGUGUAGUUCGUCGGAUUCUCCCCACUGUUCUGUUCAGCUGUAGGUGUUGUUCGUAAAUGACAAAGAUCUUAAAAUAAGCAGUGGUCUCCCUUCUUCGGCUGAACAAAGCAAAAAAUAAAUAAAUAGAAAAGCAGAGGAUA